GCGUCAUGCUUUUGGUAUCGCCUAAAACCGGAGCGUUGUACAUCUCCCCACUGAUCUCUGAGCUAAGCAUAUGAAAUACACUUCUAUGUACGUCUGAAUUCGUUGCCGCAGUGUACCAACCGGCACUGGCCCGCACGUGACACACUACUGGACACAUCAAAAUAAAUAAGAAUUUUCUACUAGCAUUGAACGCUACCAAUUUAAAAGGAAACGUUGUUCAGAUUACAGUAAGAUGAGUCGCCGUAAGAGAGCAAAGGUCGAAUAUAGAGAGAUGGAAGAGAAGUAUAAUCCACUUGAAGAUGAAAAUGCUUCUGAUAAUUCUGAAAAGUCUAAAACAGGGAUGGGUACCCCUGAAAAGAAAAUAUUUGUUGAUUUAAAAAAGGAAUCUGAGAUUUCAUUACCUGCUCCCAUUUCUACUACAAAAAAUGAAACAAAAGAGGAAGAUGAACAAGACAGCGACCAUGAAGAUCCUCAUGUAAAAGAACUUCCUAAUGGAUUAGAAGGAGCUGCUUUUCAAAGUCGAUUACCAUUUGAUAAAUUGACAUCUACAGAAGCAGCUUGCUUUCCUGAUGUAUCUAGUGGGCUACCACAAACCCAAAAAGUUUUUCUACACAUUAGGAACAGGCUUUUACAACUUUGGCUUGAAAAUCCAAAGCAACAGUUGAUUGUAGAGAAUGCUUUACCAUCAAUUGAGCCACCUUAUAAUAGUGAUAAUAUACUGGCUCGUAGAGUUCAUGCUUUCCUGGAACGUCAUGGCUUUAUUAAUUUUGGGGUAUUCAAGCGACUCAAGCCAAUACCCACUAAAAAAUUAGGUAAAGUAAUCGUAAUAGGUGCAGGGAUAGCAGGAUUGGCAGCAGCACAGCAGAUGCAACAAUUUGGAUUGGAAGUCAUUGUCUUAGAAGCACGAGAUCGAGUAGGUGGACGAAUAGCAACUUUCCGUAAAUCUUCAUAUAUUGCCGAUUUGGGUGCUAUGGUUGUCACUGGUCUUGGAGGGAAUCCUGUAACAACAUUGAGUAAGCAGAUCAACAUGGAACUGCAUAAAAUUCGACAAAAAUGUCCAUUGUAUGAAAGUGACGGGCAGACGGUUCCUAAAGAUAAGGAUGAGAUGGUUGAGCGAGAGUUUAAUAGAUUAUUGGAAGCAACAUCUUAUCUAUCGCAUCAGUUAGACUUUAAUUAUGUAGGCAGUGCCGGAUCUACCGGGCAGGGCAGUAGCACAAGACCGGUGUCUUUGGGUCAAGCCUUGGAGUGGGUAAUACGUCUUCAAGAACAAGGAGUGAAACAACGACAAGUUGCUCAUUUACGCUCUGUGCUUUCACUCCAGGGAAGACUUACGGCAAAUCAGCACAGAAUGAUUGCUAUCAAGGAGCGUUUGGAUGAAUUGAACAAACAGUAUAAAGAAAUGUCAGAAAGCAAGCCGCAAACCCGCGAUAUUACACAAGAAUUUAUUCUUCGGUCGAAAUUGCGUGAUCUUCAUAAUGCUUGCAAGGAAUGGGAUCAACUUGCAGAACAACAAAAAGAAAUCGAAGCGAAGUUGCAGGAACUCGAAGCUUCUCCGCCUAGUGAUGUAUAUUUGUCUUCAAAGGAUCGGCAAAUAUUGGACUGGCAUUUUGCAAAUCUAGAAUUUGCUAACGCGACAUCAUUAUCCAAUUUGAGCCUCAAACACUGGGAUCAGGAUGAUGACUUCGAGUUCACAGGUAGUCAUCUAACAG